AAUUUAGCUUCCCUCGUCGAUUACGCCACGGUAUUGACACCAGCGGCAUGCUUUAUCUUAGCAGCGCCUCUACGCCUCAAAACUCUAUGGUCGCGUUCUACCGCUGUGAAAGGCGCGACAAUUCUGCAAAUGGCAAAACUGGUCAGUUGAUUCCUAAUCCUGUCGAUGACAAGGUUGUUGCAAUCUUGUCUNCUGUCCUUGCACUGCCCCUGAUAUUACUCAUUUCCUCAAGUGCUGGGCGCGACAUGCCGAGCGCGAGUUUCAACGCUUCGAUAAUCGCGUUCAUUGCAGCAUUUGCCACUGUGCUGCUAUCACAGUGGGAGCACUCUCGAUCUAUACGCCCUAGCUAUUUACUCCAAACGUACCUCUUGCUUAGUUUUCUAGGGCGACUUGUGCACAUAUGCACAGGUUGGUCCGACAUGACUGCCACCUCAGAGAGAGCUAUCGAGAUCUCUGUUUGCGUUUCGACCGCGAUCCUCCUUGGAAUAGAAUCGGUCCAGAAANGGGGCUACAAUACUGUAUUUGAUCUUGAAAGUCUUGAUCGCAUCGACGAAUCGUUAUCAUGUCUAGACGAUUGUAGACGCUUGAAGAUGCAAUGGCUGAAGAAUACGACUCCCACAUCGCGAAUCAUACUGCUUCGCUCAAUAUGUCGUUCACUUUACGCCGACCUUCUUUUUCCAAUCUUGCCCCGCAUCGCACUGUUGGCAGUCAAUCUUGCGCAGCCAUGGCUGAUACAUCGUCUGCUCAGUUAUGUAGGAAGAUCAAAUCGAAGCACUAAGGAAGGUGUACUUCUGGUCUGCGCAACUACCACGACUUACGUAUGUUUGGCCAUAUUCCAGAGCUGGUAUUGGCAGUCUGUCUGCCGGUUCCAAACCAAACUCCGCUUUUGCCUCAUUGCAGCCAUCUACGACAAAUCACUUCGAUGCCGGACUGAAGCUUCACCCCUGACUCUCAUGAAUGUUGAUGUUGAGAAAGCACUGUUUGGCAUCCGACCUAUUCAUGAGUACUGGGCGGCGACUUGUUCAAUCAUCAUCGCUUUCGGGCUGUUGUACACACAAAUUGGCGUAUACUCUGUUGCACCUCUUGUGUUAGUGUUCAGUCUUGCUACUAUGACCAUUCUCAACGGUACCUCAGUUGGCUCGAAACAAAGAGCAUGGCUCGAAGCGACACAAGCAAGGAUAACUUACAUCAUGGGGACCUUGAACACGAUGAAGGCUAUCAAGCUCAUUGGAAUGACCACCUACACGAUCCGCCAGGGCAAUGCUCUACGAGAGAAGGAAGUUCAUGCACAAAAGACGGUUCGCAAGUCUCUACUACUCAAUACUGUAAUUUCGCAAACGGCGUUCGUAGCGCUCGCAUUAGUCACCUACUGCGCGCUGGGUGUUCGUACCAGAAUCUCUGGCGAGCCUCUUGUCGACAACAAGCUUUUCACGUCUCUCGCCAUUCUGAAACUGAUAUCGACUCCCAUGCUUGGAGCAGUUCAGUACAUCCCGAAUACGCUGCAGAGUGUAGCAGCGUUACGAAGGAUUCAAGCGUUCCUCCAGAACGAUCACCAGUUUGAUCAGCGCACCAUACUACCCUUGAGAGUAUCGGGCCACGGUACUCACACUGAAGUCCCUGCAUACGCAUCGGAUGGUCACAUUGUGGCAAGUCUUUCAGGAGUGAGUUGUGGCUACUCUUCGGCGACGCCAGUCUUGGAGAACAUCACGUGGAACAUUGACAGAAAUCAACUGUACAUGAUCAUUGGAAGCAUCAAUCGAGGCUCCAUCCACGCGCCUGCAGUGAUUGCGUACUGUGAUCAGUCUCCAUGGCUCUCGAAUGGCACAAUUGAGGAUAACAUAGUCGGGAUCUACGAACGUGACGAGGCUUGGCUGAAACGAGUCAUCUGGACGUGUGGCCUGGAACAAGAUAUGCAACACAUGCCUGCGCACUCAAGCAUAGGUAAUGCCGGCUCGUCGCUGAGUGGAGGCCAACGAAAUCGAGUCGCCUUAGCUCGCGCAGUGUACUCACGGGAGAAAUUCGUCAUCCUGGACGAUCCCCUCUCUGGCCUAGAUUCUCGCACAGAGAAAAUUGUCUUCACCAGGGUUUUUGGUCCUCGAGGCAUAUUCAAAACCAACGGCUGUACAGUUAUACUGGCGAUGAAUUCGAGUCACUGGUCAGGUCACUCAGACUACACCCUCGUUCUCGAGAAAGGCAAGAUCAUCACAUAUAAGUCGUCAGAACGCAUCAGAGAUGAUUUUCAUGAUGCAGAGGCAUGUUCUCAGCCCCAUUGCGAUGACGGUCUUUCUCCUAGGAUGUCUCGACCGCGGCUCGCGUGUACAGAUCGUUCGACUGGCAUAGAACAAGCAGUCCCGGCCCCGAAACCCAGCUCCGAUCUCGAAGUGUACAAGCAGUACUUUAGAUCCUUCGGGCUCUACUACACAGUGUUGUACUUUGGCUUACUAGUCACCUCUGUGGCAGCCGUCCAAGGGCAAUCCGUAUGGCUCAAGCAAUGGUCAGCGAAAAGGAUCAGAGACGAUGCCGAACUCACUGUCCAGGUUUUGACAUUCGCGACAAUUAGCUGCGUGGCCAUGAUCUGCCUGGGUUUGCUGUUUCACUUCAGCAUCCUCAAACUCCUCCCACGAGCUAGCCUCAAUUUGCAUGCUCGUCAAUGGGAAGCCUUGAUGAAUGUGAAAUUCGUGGCUUGGGUGAGUAAAGAUGUUGGCGCUACCAUCAACAGGUUCUCGCAGGAUAUUAUGAUCAUCGACACUCAAUUAGCCAUGGCAUUCACCAACACCACCAUGCAAGUAUGCACAAGCACAGCUAGCAUCGUACUCCUCAUAGUUGCGACACCGUACAUUGGGGCAGUCAUACCAUUCCUGUGCGCGAUCUUCUGGGUGAUUCAACGCGUGUACUUAAGGACGUCCAAACAGCUGAGGAUACUGGAUCUAGAAGCUAAAGCGCCUUUGUGUACACAGUUCAUGCAAUCAGUCUCGGGGUUGACAACGAUCAAAUCGUUCGGUUGGUCCGAGGCAUACCGGGAGAUAAACAUACGACUGCUACGGGCCAGCCAAGUCCCAUACUAUCUACUUGCAUCGGCUCAGAAUUGGUUGUCACUUGUUCUCAAUCUUGUCGUAGCUGGAUUGGCAACACUGGUUGUAUCCAUCGCUUUUAAGCUCAGUAACCUCGAUUCUGGUUACUUUGGACUUGCGCUAACAGGGAUCAUGGAUCUCGGAUUCUACUUUGAAGUGCUGAUUACUAGCUGGACAUCGCUGGAGACGAGUCUAGGGGCCAUUGCACGUAUGAAUCAAUUUGUUAGAGAGAUGCCAAAGGAGGAAAAGGACGAAGCGCUGCCAUCCUCAAGCUGGCCGGCCCAGGGCGAACUUUUGAUUCAAAGUCUCACCGCAAGCUACACCGAGGACUCUGAAGCAUCGCCCGUCUUGCAAGAUAUCAGUCUACACAUCCGGCCCGGGCAGAAGGUCGCCAUUUGUGGCCGUACGGGAAGUGGAAAAUCAUCCAUCAUCGCAGCAGUCUUUGGUCUGCUCCGCGUCAUCUCCGGAAGCAUAACGAUUGAUGGCUUGGAAACCACUUCUCUGAAUUCGGAAGCUCUACGUUCCGCGAUCAUGUUGCUUACCCAAGACCCCUAUUUUAUACCAGGAACGGUUCGCCAGAACCUCGUACUGCAUGAAUCUGGUCCGGUCCUAGACAGUGCAAUCAUGUCCGCUCUGGAAAAAACGAAGUUAAUGGAUAAAUUAAGGACGCUUUCAGGCGACGCAAACAUUCUCGACAUGAUUUUGGUGGCCGGAGAUAUGCUCACCAGGGGCGAGAUGCAGCUCUUCGUCAUCGCACGAGCCCUAGUGUCUGACAGCAAAAUACUUGUGCUUGACGAGCCAACGAGCGGACUAGAUCACGAGUCUGAUGACCUGGUUCGUCGCAUCCUGUGGGAACAUUGCACUGCUACAAAUUGCGCGAUGAUCACUAUCGCACAUAAGCUGCAAUUCGUCAUUGAUUAUGAUAUAGUGGUCGUUAUGUCUCAUGGACGAAUCGAGGAAGUGGGCAAUCCCUUGAAACUCGCAGAGACUCCGGGAAGCUUGUUUGCGCAACUGCUAUCGCAGACUUCA